CGGCCAUGGAAUUCCUGACCAACGACUUCCUGUUAUAGAACAAGUGGUCAAUUCUUCUCAUUCAAUCACGCCUUUUUAUGAGCUUCUUCUCUUCUGCUGCUUGCUUCAAUCCCUUCCAUGGCUCCAUCUCUGACUGGAUUUGUGAAGAUGAAAUGCCGUCACAAGUUUACGCUUUCCUCCUCUUACUUGCUGCCUCUGCUCCUUGCCUUCCACUUUAAUCCUGCAGUCGUAACCGCCAUCGAUCCAAGAUUCAUACGAGACAUGUGCCCAACCGAAGCUAACUACACAGCAGGUAGUGCAUUCGACACCAAUCUCAAUCUUCUUCUCUCUUCCCUCUCCUCCGCCUCCGCCGCCGCCGCAGGAUUUCACAACGACACGAUAGGCCGACCUCCGGACCAAGCCUUCGGCCUCGCGUUGUGCCGAGGAGACCUCUCCCUCAGUGACUGCCAGGGCUGCCUCAAUGCCUCCGUCUCACAAAUCACCCACAGUUGCCCCACCGGUGUGAACUCCACCAUAUGGUACGACAUCUGCAUGCUCCGCUACUCCAACACGAACUUCUUCUCCACCGUCGACACUUCCUCUAAGUUCUAUGAAAAAAACCCCAACAACGCAUCGGACCUGCAGAUCUUCAACAACACGCUGGUAAAUCUGAUGACCAGUCUGGCCACGACGGCAGCACGUAGCUCGUCGAAGAUGCUCGCGGCGGGGAAUGCGAACGCGACGAGCUUCACGAAGAUAUAUGGGCUGGUGCAGUGCACGAGGGACUUGUACGCCAAUGGUUGCUACAAUUGUCUUGUUGACGCAUUAGGCGCCAUACCAAGAUUGUGCAACGCGAGGCAGGGGUGCAAGGUGUUAGAGCAGAGCUGCAAUAUUCGAUAUGAAAUCUACCCUUUCUACAACAUUUCUUAUGCGACAGAGAUCGCCUCUCCCCCGCCGGCGUUGAGUCCAGUUUCACCUCCAUCGUUCCGGUCGAGCACGGGCAAUGAAGGCAAGUGAUGAU